UCGCGAGGGAGCCGAGCAAGGGAGGGAGAGGCUGGGAGGAGCGCAUCCUUGGGAGACGGAGACUCCCCCUCUUCUCCAUCCAUCCAUCCAUCCAUCCACCCAUCCCUUGCUUCCUUCCUUCCUUCCGUCCCUCCCUCUCUCCGGUCUUCCUUCUGCCUUUCCACACUACAUCGCCCUCCGCUCCUCCCUUUCCCCACCGAGGAAACCGCUGGAGGACCUCGCCCCCCCUCCCCGCCCACUGCAAGGCGUGGAAGAAGAAGAAGAGGAGGAGGAGGGCCGAGGUGGGAGGGGGGGGCCGCGUCCGGAGGGUCCCCCCCGAAGAGGACGAGGCGCUGAGCGGCUCCCACCCGUGGCAGUGCAGCCAGUGAUGGUGCCCAGCACCCCUGACGAUGCCCCAGAGCCCCGAAACAAGCGCGGAGGAGGAGGAGCACCUCUCCCAGUGCCCCGAGGGGGAGUCGGGCUCGGAGAGCUCCCACGAGGGGCCCAGCCCUCCGGCCAGCCCUGCUAACCCUGCCCACAGUCACCCCAUGACAGUACCUGAAGACGCGCACUUCAGUAUGAUGGUCUUCCGAAUUGGUAUUCCUGACCUGCACCAAACGAAAUGCCUGCGUUUCAACCCUGAUGCAGCCAUUUGGGUGGCAAAGCAACAAAUUCUUUGCACUCUCAAUGAAAGCCUCAAGGACGUGCUGAACUAUGGGCUCUUCCAGCCAGCCACCAAUGGACGGGAUGCCAAAUUCCUGGAUGAAGAGCGCCUCUUGCGUGAAUAUCCACAAAGUUUUGAGAAGGGAGUGCCGUACUUGGAGUUCCGUUACAAGACUCGGGUUUACAAGCAGACCAACUUGGAUGAGAAGCAGUUGGCGAAACUCCACACUAAGGACUGUCACUGGCAAAUCUUUCCCCAGACGGGGUUGAAGAAGUUUCUGGAAUAUGUCCAACAUGGAGCAGCUGAGAAAGUGGCACGACUCCUGGACAAAGGGCUGGACCCCAACUAUCAUGAUUCUGACACUGGUGAGACGCCUUUGACAUUAGCAGCCCAGUUGGAUGGGACGAUUGACGUGAUCCGGCUGCUGUGCCUUGGUGGCGCUCACAUAGACUUCCGUGCAAGGGAUGGAGCCACAGCAUUGCACAAAGCCGUGUGUUCUCACCAUUAUUCAGCCCUGAUGGCACUCUUGGAUUUGGGGGGCUCACCCAAUUACAAGGAUCGCCGUGGGUUGACUCCACUAUACCACACUGCCAUGGUCGGAGGUGAUCCACGCUGCUGUGAACUUCUGCUCUACAAUCGGGCUCACAUCGGAACUAUUGAUGAGAAUGGUUGGCAGGAGAUACACCAGGCCUGCCAACACGGACACUCCCAACACUUGGAACAUUUGCUUUUCUAUGGCGCUGAGCCAGGUGCACAGAAUGCCUCUGGGAAUACAGCACUACACAUCUGUGCACUCUACAACAAGGAGAGCUGUGCUCGUAUUCUGCUAUACCGGGGAGCUAACAAAGAGAUCAAGAACAACCAUGGGCAGACUGCUUUUCAGGUGGCGGUCAUUGCAGGAAACUUUGAACUGGGAGAGCUGAUCAAGAGCCACCGAGAUUCAGAUGUGGUCCCUUUCCAGGAGACCCCACAAUAUGCCAGCCGACGCCGAGAUGGCUCCCAGAGCCUAACGGUGCCCCAUACCUUGCUGAGAGCUAACAGUGACACCAGCAUGAACCUCCCAGACUGGAUGCUUUAUGCCCCUCCUUCCACCCCAUCUACCACUGUGGCUGUACAGGGACAGAAGAUCACCACAGGAACCUUGCGCAGUUCCAGCAGUCCCCGUGGUGCUCGUAGCCGUUCCCCGUCACGCGGGCGUCACACGGAUGAAGCAAAAAAGCAGCGUGGUCGCCCCAGUUCCAGUGGAUAUCAGAAGGAGUCUGCUGGAGGGAGCACGCUGAGCAGCCGGGGUGUGAAGCGGAAACUCUAUUCAGCUGUGCCUGGCCGCACAUUCAUGGCUGUGAAACCCUACCAGUCCCAGGCCGAGGGUGAGCUCUCCAUCAGCAAGGGCGAGAAGAUCAAGGUGCUGAGCGUUGGGGAAGGCGGCUUUUGGGAAGGACAGGUCAAGGGUCGUGUGGGCUGGUUCCCCUCAGAAUGUGUCGAGGAAGUGCCCAACAAGUCACAGGAAGGGAAGCAAGAGAGCCGUAGCGACAAAGCUAAGCGACUCUUCAGGCACUAUACAGUGGGCUCCUAUGACAGUUUUGAUGCCCCCAGUGACUACAUCAUUAAAGAAAAGACGGUGCUGCUGCAGAAGAAGGACAAUGAAGGCUUUGGCUUUGUGCUAAGAGGGGCCAAGGCGCAGACCCCAAUUGAGGAGUUUACACCCACCCCUGCUUUUCCCGCUCUGCAAUAUUUGGAAUCCGUGGAUGAAGGCGGUGUGGCCUGGCGUGCUGGUCUCCGCAUGGGGGAUUUCCUCAUUGAGGUAAAUGGACAAAAUGUGGUGAAGGUUGGUCAUCGGCAAGUUGUCAACAUGAUCCGUCAGGGUGGCAAUAACUUGAUGGUGAAGGUUGUGAUGGUCACACGAAACCCAGAAAUGGAGGAAGCUAUGAGGAAAAAAGCUGCCGCACCACAGCAGGCAAGGCGCCUGCCGCCUCCAGCCAUCUCCUUGCGUUCAAAAUCGAUGACUUCUGAAUUGGAAGAAAUGGUCUCCCCCUGGAAGAAGAAGGCAGAUUAUGAGCCAGCGAUGGGCACUGAUAAGAAGCGGACUGUCUAUCAGAUGGCUUUGAACAAAUUGGAUGAAAUCCUGGCAGCAGCUCAACAAACAAUCAGCGUUGGUGACGGUGGAGGGCUCCCUUCUCUGGGAAAAUCCCGGGGCACCGCCAAGAACUAUUUCUCUGCUGAGCCCAGUUUUGAACAGCACCGUCUUGGUCAGGCCAGCUAUGAGCGCCCAUCGUACUUGCCAACCAGUCAUCCUCCAGGCAUGAUGCUCCGUCAGAAAUCUAUCGGAACUGCUGAAGAUGAUAAGCCCUACCUCGCUCCCCCUGCCAUGAAGUUUAGCCGCAGCCUUUCCGUCCCUGGUUCUGAUGACAUCCCACCUCCUCCUACCACUUCUCCACCUGACCCUCCAUACAGCAGUACCUCACCCUCUGCUUCCGGACGUGUUACACCCUCAGCCCGCUCGACCUUUAACCCUAGCUCCGAGGCCAAGUUGUAUACAGCUUCGCUACAUCAAGAACCGCCCUAUGAGCCGCCAUCCCGCAUACGUGACAAGAUGUCUCUUUACCGCCAAGAGUCCGAGCAAGGGGCAGAAGGGGCAACUGCCCGUGGCUGGCGAGGCCAUACCCCCGACCUCCGGUACUACAACCUGCCCCCGCGAGCAACCAACACCGCCAUGUACGUCCCCACUAAGCCUAUGCGCCGCAAGGGGCCUUUGGUCAAGCAGACCAAAGUGGAGGAUGAGCAACGGCAACAGCAGCAACAGGGCAGCACACCCCCCUCACCCAUGCAGCCAUCCUCUUUGCAGCCCCCAUCGUCCGCGCCACCUGAGAAAAGCUCUAUCCCAAUCCCCACCAUCAUAAUUAAAGCUCCGUCUACCAGCAGCAGCGGGCGCAGCAGUCAAGGAAGCAGCAUGGAGGCGGAGAGCCAGCCAGAGCCAGUAGUGCCUGUCCCCUCCCUCCAGCUCCACAACAGUAUGGAUUUCACCAGUCAAUUUGGCGCAGCCCUGGUUGGUGCUGCCCGCCGGGACCGCGAAUGGUACAGUGAGGCUCGCCGUAAGUCCGCCCUCUUCCUCUCCACUGAGCAGCCUGAUGAUGACUCCCAGCAGACCCCCAUGCCUCGUCUUCGCCACUCCAAAUCCAUUGAUGAAGGCAUGUUCUCUAGCGAGCCAUACAUCCAACUCAACAUGGCUCCCAGCUUUGGUGGCAGCACUGGUAUUGGUAGCAGCUCUGCUUAUCUUCAGUCUCGUGCUGCUAAAGCAUAUGGAGCCAGCACCACCAGCGCCUUCACCUCUGUGUGCUCCAGCUUCCUGCCGCACUUCCAGCCCCAUUCGACUCCUCUCAUUCACCCCCUGACAGGCAAGAUUUUAGAUCCUGGAUCCCCCUUGGGGCUGGCGUUAGUGGCUCGUGAGCGGGCCUUGAAGGAGUCUCAGUCCCAUCAGGAAAGCCGAGAAGAUAGGCACUCGCGUCCAUGCUCACCCCGGUUUGGAGAGUCACCAAAGACUCCCGAAUCUCCUGGCAGCUCUAUCUUGCGUCUCUGGGGGACGUCGGAACAGCAGCAGCAUCACCACCUCCACCAACGGCCAGCAUCACCGCGGAAAGAACCAGAGAGCCCCCGACGUCAUUUGCCUGAACAGCAGCAGCCACCCCCGCCACCAGCCUCAGCCAAAGCUGCGCCUUGGGAUAAACGGCCUGAAGAAGGGGAGAAGCUGGAACUGCACGUGCGUUUUAUGGAGAAUUGUCGCCCAACAGAGGAAGAAGAGGAAGAGCAGCAAGGGGGCCGCGAGAGUGGAAAAGUGGAGGUUGCUGCUGCACCAAUGGAGCGGGUGGCCGAAGCAAAUGGACUCCCACUACUGGUCUUGCCUCCACCAGCCCCUUCCAUUGACGUUGAUGAUGAAUUUGUCUUCACUGAGCCACUCCCGCCCCCCCUUGAGUUCUCAAAUAGCUUUGAUAAACCGGAGUCUCCACCUAAAGGGGCAAACGAGCUGCCCACAGCAGUAGCUCCUCCAGCUGCUCCCCCAGCCCCUACCACCUUAGAUUCCACUGCUUCCAGCUUGACAUCCUAUGACAGUGAGGUGGCUACCCUGACCCAGUCUGGGACUUCUGAAACCAAGGAGGCCCCUCAUGUUAACUUUUCUUCUGUUGUCUCAUCCAUUGCCAUCCCUGCAGCGGAGGCUUCAGAAGCCGUGACGGACUCGGGGAUCGAGGAGGUCGAUAGCCGAAGCAGUAGCGACCACCAUUUGGAGACCAUCAGUAGUGUAUCUACGCUGUCCAGCAUGUCUGGGGAAGGCACAGAGCUCUUGGACACCUACAUCACCUAUUUGGAUGGACAAGCCUUUGGGGGAAGUAGCAGCGCAGGAGGUGGAGCAGGAGGGACUGGCAGUGGUGGUAGUGGCAGCAGCACCACAGACAAGAGCCCGUUGCAGACAAAACUGCGCUCCCGACCCUUCCCGGGCCGCAUGCCAGUGGCCACCCCCACCAGCUCCACCAUCUCAGUUUCCGCAUGUACGGAGAACAUGUUCGCCCUCACGCCUGCCCCACCCUACCACCAGCAGCCGGCAGCCCCCGAGCCAGGCAAAGAGCUGCCGCAGAAAUCUCCGCUGCCCUGGGAGGAGCCUAAGGCCUCCCCCUUGUCCACCAUGAAGGCCAGCAUCAUCAGCGAGUUGAGCACCAAGCUGCAGCAGAUGGGCGGGGUAUCGUGGUCACGGCCACCAGAUGCGGUGGCUCCCUUCGGCUCUGAGAGGCCCAGUUCCCUACAGAGGCAAAGGCUCCCCGAUGAGACAUCCCCAUCAUUGAUCUCCUCCAAGCCUGUAAGCAGCCUUUUCCACAACUGGCCCAAGUCCCCACAGGGCAAGCACCCCAAAAGCGUGGAGUUUGAUAUUCGCCCAGCCCUGCGGCGCGCCCCCAGCCCAGCUGCCCUGCCCAGUGAGCACAAGAUCAGCCCCACUCCAAGGCCUUCCUCCCUUCCCAUCCUGCCUUCUGUGCCCAUAUACACUGGCGUAUUUGAUCUCCGUGGUUCUCCCACCUCUGGGGGUGAGCACCCUUUCCCGGGCUUCCCUUCUGGCAGCCGCUCCUUGUCUCCCACCCACUUCCUGCCGCCAGCCACGGACAAGCCCUUUGGCUCCAAGCCGCUGCCUUUCUGGACCAAAUACGAUGUGGCCGACUGGCUAGAUUACCUGAAGCUGGGGGAGCACCGCGACCGGUUCCUGGACAACGAAAUAGAUGGCUCUCAUUUACCGUCCCUCACCAAGGAAGAUUUCAUUGACCUGGGUGUGACACGAGUUGGGCAUCGCAUGAACAUCGCCCGUGCCCUCAAGUUCUUUCUGGAGAGGUGAUGGGGGAAACCGCCCUGCCCCGGGGAGCCUCUCACCUGAAUGUACAAUGGAUCUCCACCACUGGGGAGAACAAAGGAGGUGGAGGGGUCGCAGCUGUGGGGCUGGGCGCAGGGGAAGCUGUAAGGAGAGACCCUGUGGGUCAGGGUAGGGUGGGGAUCCCCCCCUGGCAGAGAGAUACUCUGAGAAGCUCACCAAAGCCUGCCUGGGCACCCUUACAGGGGUGUGCACUUUCCUCUUUUGCGUUGCCAUGUAGCAGUUUGCCCAUUUCAUUCAUCCGACCAAAUGCUGCUGACACUAGCGUCUGAAUAAUUGAUACAUGUAACCAGUUCCCAAGCUAUAUAUACACCUACACACAGAUGUAUAUACACACACAAAUGUUUCUGUGUGUGCAUGUAUUAUCUCUACCUAUUUACAUAUACUAAUGUGUCAUUCUCCAUUGGCAUACCAGCUUGCUUCAACAACCUUGCAGCUCAUUUAGGUCAUCCAACUGUACAGCAACUUAUAUCUGCAUAUCUAUGCCACCCACCAUCUUGCUGAUUGCACUUCCUUUGCAGCUGCUGUUUGCCCAUCAUUGUAAAAGCUUGCCUGCUGCAUUUUCACAAUUACUGGGGUUGUUAAGUACUCUGCCUUUCAAAAAAGGAAAGAAAUAGACUUCCUUUCAGAAGAGUUGCAUUGGCAUAUAUUUCUUUACUUCGCAAAAUGAGUUCUAUUUUAGCUCAUGUUAGGGAGGGCAUGAAUCCUAUUUUCCCCAGCUCAUCAUAAAUCUCUGAAAUACUCCUACUCCCAACCUUUGAAGACUUUAUUAGACAUUGUCUACACUCAUUCAGGCUUGCCUUCACAGCCAUAAGCCAGAAGCUUUCUCCUUCAGAAUGGAAACAACUCUUUGGGACGCAGAGCUUAUGUAGAGUGCGUCCACAGCUAUACCUCCCACCCUGCACAUAUUACUAGCUCACAUUACUGUCUGCCUUGUCCAAUAGUUUACCUUUCGAUACUGCUACCGAGGGUGAUUUAAUGUAGCAGGAAAUCUUGCAGUGCUUCUGCUGAGCUCUAAAGCAGUAUCAGUGCUCUUGGGUAGAUGGCUUACUGGAUUUGCAGCUCACAAAUCAAAGGUAGCAGUGAAAAACACCUCAGCCCUUGCUUGAGUGGUGUGCCGGCACUUCUUACCAUUACCUGGAUUGCAUAUCAAAGAAUAUUCUUCAAGGCCAGAAUCCCUUGGGAGUAGAAUUACGCUAGCAUGAGCAACCCAGAUCUGUGUUAUGAGACAGGCAGUACCCUGUAUCUCCAUGCUAUUUCAGCAUUCUUGGGCCAACCACGAGAAAACAUCAACUGUAUGAGUAGAGGGGUUGGCAAAGCCUCUCCAAAGUGACCUGGACUGUGAUUUAUGACUUUCUGGGUGUGUUGAGAAUUGCCUAGCUGUGACUUUUAUUGCAGAAACAAUAGAUUGAUACACUAGAGAAGCCACAAAGAAAAUUUGGUAACCUGGAAUUGAGGGGACUUUCAUAUGGUGAGCUUCUGGCACAGUUUAUGAAGUCACCAAGUGGGAACAUUGCUCUGUAUAGACCACUAUUGUUAACUGGCUGGUAUCAGUGGCUCACCAGGGUAACUUCCUAGUUCCACCUGGAGACCCCUGGCAUUCCCUUGGUGAACAUGCCCAAUCCUGCUUAGCAUCAAAUUGUGCGCAUUUAAGGUAAGCUGUUCCACCCUUUGCUCAUUUUUUUCUAACAAAGUGGUGUGAAAACAAAGGUGGAUUAUAAAUGGAUAUUUGGACAUACCGUAUGAUCCCUAUAUCCACAGAACUGAAUUAUGUGGUUUCACUUAGGUUCUCCUUACAAGCUAUGCCCUUUAUUCAAUACCUCCAUUGUUCAUCACAUUGAAAAAAUAAGGGUUUGCUAUUUAGUUUAUGUUUCUGCAUCAGUCUGGGAAUGUGUUGUCCAUAGAUAGGGGAAGGGGUCAUACUCUACAUUCAAAAAAAUUCACAACAAAGCAGGGCAAUUGCCCAGUGGAAGAUUUCAUGUGAGCGUCUUACUAAUUUAGCAGGGAUUCCUCUAGAACAAUGCCUGUUUAUUUGAACCAGUGUGCUCUGAUUCUCUGCCCCAGAGUGAUGGAGGCUACUUCUUUGGAGGCUUUUAAACAGGCUAGAUGGCCAUCUGUCGGGGGCUCUUUGAAUGCAAUUAUCCUGCUUUUUGGCAGGGAGUUGGAUUGGAUGGCCCACGGGUUCUCUUCCAAUUCUAUGAUUCUGUGAUUGUGCAAACCAAGCUUUGCAGUGCUGAUGCUUUAUACUGCAGUUGAGCAGAGGAUAUUAUGUUGGUUCCUGCAACAUUGGGUAUGCUUUGAGGAGAGCCCAACAGUGGCUUUCCAGCCUAGUUACAUAGGGAAUGGGAUAUUCCAUACUAUACUGGCUUGGGGCUGAUGGGCUCAGCAGCCAGACACAACUGAACACCAAGUUGUUGGCAGUGGUUUGCAUUUGGAAUACCAUAUUCUGCUCAAAGCCAUGGUUUAAUAUUUGGCUACAGUUCACAUAUAAUUCUCCUGGAAAAGGAAUCCAUAUGUAAUCCAUACAGCAGCAGCCUUAGAUGAAUGCAAUUUGUUUUCGUUUAGCUAGGCCAACUGUAGAUUUCCACAGAAAAAAUCAGAUUUUUGAUUUGAAGUAGGAACUUGUGGGUUGCACUAAAUUGGUGAACUGACACUGUGCCCAAAGUCCAUACACUGCCAAAGGAAAUCACUCCUUCCUCUUCCAGUUUUCCAGAGUAUACACAACCCUGACUUCAACUGUCUGCUUUGGUCUACAUACAUAUGCAUUGGUGCCAUCAUGCUUUCGCUUGCGGCUUGCAUACUCAGGGUCAGCCUUCAUCUUGUUUUCAUGCCAGAGCCGUCUUCAUGUAUGCAUGUUUCAUGUAUUUCUGCACUUCCAGAAUGGAGAGAUCUCCAUAUGAGCAUUUCCCCUGCAAAGUUGGGGAAUCUCUGUGUCCUUCUGCCAGAGGGGUAUCUGUGGCCAGCAAGCAUUUCAGCUCCAGAUAGAUAGAUGCUAUGGGGGCUGGAAAGAAGGGGCAGAAAGAAAAGGUGUGGGCAGGUGAUCCCACUCCAUGUCUCCUUCAGCGUCAUCCCAUGCUCCCACCGUCCCGAAUUCCCAGGGAGAGGGGGUCUUGGAUACUGACCAUAUCUGUGCUAUGGAUGGAGCGUCUGUCCCCCUUCUCUUCAAUGCUCAGCUGCCAAAGAAACAAAAAGAGCCCAGCAUACAAGGGGGUGCUGCCUAAUGUGUCCUCCCCAUUGCAGCCAUUUGGACGCCAGGACCCAAUGGGCGGACUCCUUUUUUUUCCAGGACACAGGCUGAGGGGGAGGGAGGCUCUUGCCGCUGCUCAUUGCUGGGAUCCUCAGAGUGAUGCUCCGUCCAAUGGGAGGGGAAGGGGGGAAAUCCCUUGACCCCUUUCCUUCCCAAUCUCCACAUCAGGGAUUACGAGCUGUGGGGAAGCGUGUGGGGACUUGUACUAUGACUGUAGGCCUGUGGCUGGCCCCAUUUUACCACUUCACCAGUGCUGUGACUCUUUAGAUCUACAGCUAGCCACCGCCAGCCCACCAUGACUGUGCCAUGCAGCCAAUCCCACUCUCGCGCCUCUGAAACCGUAGUUCUGUGCCAUAUACAGCUAAGUCCUUCCCCACCUCCCAUGACCAUGUGGCGUAAUGCGCUGCACCUCCCCCCCCCCCCCCUAUUUAUUUUUGUGGAGCCACAUCACAUUUCUGUACUAUGUGGCUCUGGUCACCCACGUGCCCACGCUCCAUGACGUUGGGUAACCUUAUUCACCUGACACUGUCAAGACCAGCAAUGUAUCCUUUCCCUUCAUGACCAUAUGAUUAACCCAGGCAUGCAAAAAAAAAAGAGAAAACAAACAAAACUUUUAAAAAAAGAAACCCAACUGGUGACAGGCCCCAGGCAAAUAAAAUGUUUACGUGGGCAGCCAGGAUAUUUUCAGAACCUUAAAAUUUCAGCUUCGCUUUUAUUAAAACAAGGUUAAUCUCUAGCCCUUGUGGUUGGGAAAUGCAGGGCGGGGUGAUUCACAAAAGACAGUCAAGACUGCAAGUGUUAACGGCUUAUGAGGCAGAAUUCUUGUAGUGGCCAUUUUCUCAGCAAGCAUAUUGGCAUCCCUAGCCCAGCUUUUAAAAAUAUAGGAUUUGAGAAAUCCAUGCUGGCAACAUCUUUCGAGAGGGGAUGACAUGGUUACUUGCAGCCAAAGUAAGAGGCAUAGGCACUGGAUUCAGAAGACCUCGGGUUGAUUUGUAGGCAGGUGGCAGAAAUCUCUACAAGAAAAAGGCAAGGGCCCAUGGGGGUCAGCAGUGAUUUGACUGGGGAGACUAGGCACAAAGAGCAGAAGCACCAAGGACUAAAGCAGUGGUUCUCAACCUGUGGGUCUCCAGGCGUUUUGGCCUACAACUCCCAGAAAUCCCAGCCAGUUUACCAGCUGUUAGGAUUUCUGGGAGUUGAAGACCAAAGCAUCUGGGGACCCACAGGUUGAGAACCCCUGGACUAAAGAGAUGUGAGUGUUAAAGAGUUUGGUCCUUGCACAGAAACAGUACCCAGGUGUUGUUGGGGCAAGUGGGCUAUCGGUUGUGUUGAGUUGGGAGUCGCACAUCUUCACCCAAUUUGCAUGGCUGGGUUAACCCUUCUAGUGCCCUGGCUCUGUGCCAUGCGGCUUUGUGUGCCUCCCUCUCAGGAUGCCUCUUGCCACGUCACUUUCGUCAUCCCACCCACCCACCCACGCCUCCUGUGGUGCCCCUUCCCCAUUGCUGCCACAACCUGACUGGCCACAUGGCUAUUCCCAUUGUGCCUCCAAAGCCACAAAUCCAUACCCGUGUGGCCUCGCUCUGACCUAUCUCCAGAUGUGGCUGCUCUGCUCCUUCAUACCCCAGCAGCCACCAAAUGCCACAUCCUAGUGCCACAUGGUGAAAACUCCGUUCCCUCCUUACUGUGUGGCUAGUGACAUGUGCUGCUGACACUGCACCUCAGUGCUGCUGGUUGGGCAGCCGUAUUUUUUCUUUCUUUCUUUUUAAAGAAAAGGGCUCUUGACUCGUCUCGUCAGACUGGCCGCACUGGCCCCUCCCAUCCAUAGGCCCCAAGGAGGGAGCAAAAAGAAACUUAACAAACUUUAGAAUGUCUUCCAAAUGAUGAUGAUAAUGUGGGGAGGUGGGAAAGAUGGUCUCUUCUACAAUUUUAGGCAGGGGAGGGGGUCUAUGCUGCUGUUCUCGGCUCCUCACUCAGUCAGCCCCAUAGAUUCAUGUUCCAGCUCUGGGGAAAAGACCAUAGUGGGGAGGGGAGUAUGGGAAGGAUCUGGGAGCCAAGUCUCUUGAGGAGCUGAGGAAUUUUUAGUGAUGGAGGAGGUUUCCAGGUCUCCUGGAUUCUUGAACGGAAAACUUGCAGUGGGAUGAUCUCACAAAGAAAUAAUGUCUGUAGGGUGGAACAGAAAGACUCUCGAAUGAAUGGGACUCAUGGAAUUAGGCAGGAGAGGAGUUGGAAAUUCAAGAAUAGCAGCAGCAAAUGCAUGGCCAAAUUUUGGGACACCAUCACCAGAGCUGUCGUUUAUGGGGGUUCUCUUGUCUCAGAGCAAUUGAGUAAUCAGUCCCGUAUUCUGAGAAGAGCUCCAGCUUUGAUAUUGCAAGAAAUUGUGGGUUGUCUGGAGAAAAGGGAAGAUGCUGCACCAGGUCCAGUUUACCUCUUGAUGCAUGAUAGUGCAGGGCUGGGCAGCUUGUGUCCCUCCAUAUGUUGUUGAACUGAGGUCGCCACCAAGCUUGGCCAAGGAUAAAGAAGGACCACAAGAUGACCACUUCUCAUGGACUGGCACAUUUAAGAAGCAUUUGUCCAUUAGUUAUACUACUGUUAUUUAUGGAUUUUCUAGUUUGAAUGAUGGAGAGAUUUUUCCUGGGCAUGUCCCAUUGCUUGAAAUGCAGUUGAAAGCUGGAGGCAAGACUGCAGGACCUAUAGGGUGGUUUGGGACAUAUGAAGAGACAUGACUCUUCAGCUUUCUAGAAAGGCUGAUAUUUUUUUAAAGUCAAAAUGGGGUGAGGGUAUUGCUAUUCAGAUUGUACACCCCAUAUUUGGGGAAGAGAGUGGGAUUGUUGCCUUAGAUGAAAGAGAACUGGAAGCUAUACAGGAACACCGGUGUUCUCCGAAAAGAUAUAUUUUGGCUCAGUGGUUUAAUGUGUGCAGGGAUUUGGAAGGGAGUUGGGGGGGGGGGGUAAGAUUCCUGAGUUCUCCAAACAGGAAUGAGGGAAAAGAGAAAAGGUGCAAAUGAGAUUGUCUAGGGAUGAACUGGUCCUGGAAGGGUUGAGAACUGCAGCAUUGAAUCCUCUUGCCUUAAAUGUACUGAAAUGAAGUAUGUAACGUUGACUUUGUGCUUCAGGGAUCUGUUCCCUGGGAUUGGGGGUGGGGGUGGGGGUUGGUGGGAUGGGGGAUGGUAAUGCCUGCAUCGGACAGGGUUGUGUUUCGAUUUUUGUGAUUGCUGGGUGGGGACGGGCUACAGGGAAGGGAGUCGGUACACUCCACCCCAUUUAAUCCUCUGAUAUAAGUCUCUGGGGAGGGAUCCUUGCCUUCCCCCAACACCUGGCCUUGUAGCACCCAGGUGUCAUGUAUAAUAGACUUUUCUCCUUUGUCCCUCACCCAUCUUUCCUUCUUUUCUUUUCUUUUUGUUUUUUCCUUGGAGAGAGCUGCCAGAAUUUCAUUCCGUAGGUUCCAGUCUCCAUCCUCGCUCUUACACCCUUUUGCAAAAAGCCAAGUUGGCUCCUGAGCCAAAAGGCAGAGCCAUCCCAUCUCCCAUCUUCAAGGCCCUGAAGAGUCUAACUUGGGUCUUGGCCCAAGAGGCCUUAAAAGGUCCACAAUCACCCAUCUCUUAGGUCAUCCCAUUCAGUUCCCCUAGGUGUGUCACGAUCCUCACUCAAGAGCCCAGUCUGGUUUUUUGCUGUGCUGGAAGGAUUGGCUCCUGUCUAGAACAUGCCCUCAGCUCCUACCUGCUCUAUAAUGCACUUCUACUGCAUCCCUCUCCUGGGAUUUAGGAUGUUUUAUGGAGGGAGACGGGAGUGCCACUUCCACUCUUAAUCCCCAGAGUGACUCUUGAACCCAGGAAUCCUGAACCUCCAUCUUCUUCCCUAUCAACUCUCCUAAAACCACACCUCUAGGAAACCUCAUCCUGUGGGCAGAAUCUCCCAAGAUGAAUGUAAUGAACUCUGUCCUGCCUAAGCCCAUCCUUUGGCAUUCAGGCAGAUCUGCCUACGUCUCUCUCACACACACAUAAACUCACACACAGACACACACCCCUUAUAUGUUCCUCUACCGAAUACCCUUGUCCUGUCUCUGCCUCCAAUGCCUGUGCAGAGCAACUAAUGUAAUUUACUGAUUUUAUUUGCAAAUAUAAACUCUAUGGGAUACA